GGGGUGGGAGGUCGGCAGUAUGCUUGUGACUGUCAGUGGUGUCAGACAGGGAAGGUCACGGUGCCUCCUCCCGCCCCUAACACGACGUCUCCGUCAUACCGGCAAUCAUCUUCCCGCUGUUAUGUCAGAGGAGGGAGAUAUGACCCCCUGAGGCAAGAUCGACCAUGACGGCGGCGGUGGCGGGCGUGGGCGUGGACAUGGGGGGCGGGGACGUGGGCGGGCGCGAGGACCCCGCCGAGCCCGUCCCCGGCCCCAGCGAGGGCGUCACGCCGCUCAUGUACGCGUGCCAGCAGGGCCGCGACCACACCGUGCGGCAGAUUAUCCACAGGAAGCCGUCCAGCGUGCACGAGAGGGACAGGACGGGCAAAACAGCGCUCCACUACUGUGCUGAGAACCCGACUCUCUCCUGCAUAGACCAGGUGGUGGACGCUGACCCCGGGCUGGUGGGGGCGCGCGACGAGGACGGGUACACGCCCCUACACCUAGCCACCAUCGCAGGUAACCGGGCCGUCGUGAAGUACCUGCUGAAUCGCGGCGCUGACGUGCAGGCGCUGGACAACGAGAAGCACACGGCGGUACACUGGGCCACGGUGUGUGGCGAGGUGGAGCUGCUGGAUAUGCUGAUGGAGGCCGGGGCAGACCCUUCCACCCCCGACCUGCACGGCGCCUACCCCCUUCACUACGCCGCCCAGAUGUGUGGACCCAACAGUGAGAUGGGCAACGACGUGCGGGUGGGGCUGAUGGUGCUUCGGAAACUGCUGCAGCACGGCGUGAAUGUGUCUGUCACCGACCACGACGGCCGCACGCCCCUCCUCUGGGCUGCCAGCGCCGAGGUGCGGCCGUCUCACGUCUACUGUCCCUCAGGCAGUGCCGAUGCCAUCCUUGCCCUCGUCAACGCCGGUGCCAGCGUGAGUGCCGACGACAAGGACGGCCUGACAGCCCUACACUGCGCCGCCUCCCGGGGUCACCUGGAGUGUCUGGACUGUCUGCUCAACUUCUGCGGCGCUGAGGUAGACACGCUGGACUCGAACGGGUGCACGCCGCUCUUCUACGCCGUGACGCUGGGCCACGCGGACUGCACGGGGUUGUUGCUGCACCACGGCGCGCACCCCGACAAGCAGGACCGCAAGGGCCGCACGCCGGCGCACUGCGGGGCCGCCAAGGGACAGCUGGAGACCCUGAAGCUGCUGCAUGCGAAAGGCGCCGACAUGUGGAAGAGAAAUGUGAAGGGCGACUUGCCGCUGCACGAGGCCUGCCAAUCCGGGCGACGAGAUCUUGUGCUAUGGCUGAUGUCGAUGCGCCCAGACACCGUGAACGCCCCCAACCUAGACGGGAGGUGUCCGCUGCAUAUCGCCGCCAUCAACAAUAAUAUCGAAAUGUGCAAGGUGCUCAUGGACAAGCAGGCGGCGGUCAACCCCAUCAUGAGGAACUCCCGGGGGCAGCUGCUCACCCCGCUGGACGCCGCCGUGGCUCGCAACAACCGGGGCUGUGCCAAGUACCUCCAGCUGCACGGCGGGGUGGCGGCCUCCAAGCUGACGGACAAACACGCGCUGCAGAAGGCCAUGCAGAGCAGGGCGCUAGAGAGCAGUCAGCACGGCAGUGUGGAGGGCGAGGAAGGACUUAGCUCCUCCGCCUCCUCCGUGCACAAGUCGAACCGCUCCACCAUGACCGCCUCGCCCGUCAACACCGAGGCUCAGACGGACACCCGCGGCAGCGCUGACGGCGUGGACGGCAGGAGGGACGCGCAGACCGCCACCUCGGAGGUCAACAUUCGCAAGCUUGUCAUGGAGGAAGUGGCCGCGGAGGAGAAGGAGGUGGAGGAGGCAAAGAAGAAACGCCUGGAGGAGGAAGGAGGGGAAGGAACCGAAGGAGGGGACGCCGAGGAAGGGGAAGAGGGUGAAACAGAGAAGGAAGGGGAGGAGGCAGACGAUGGGAGGGAAAGUGUGGGGAAGGAAGAGGCGCAGUUGGUAGGAGCGGAGGGAAAAGGGAAGAGUAGGGGAGUGGAGAGUGGAGAAGAGGUAGAUGAGGAUGGGGAGGAAGAAGGGGAAGAUGGGACAGAAAGUGGAAAGGCUUCAGCGAGGAGGAAGAAGGAAGGGCAGGGAAGUGUAGAAGGAGAGGAUGGGGAGGAAGAAGGAGAAGAUGGGAUAGAAAGUGGAAAGGCUUCAGCGAGGAGGAAGAAGGAGGGGCAGGGAAGUGUAGAAGGAGAGGAUGGGGAGGAAGAAGAAGAAGAUGGGACAGAAAGUGGAAAGGCUUCAGCGAGGAGGAGGAAGGAAGGGAAGGGAAGUGUAGAAGGAGAUGAUGGGGAGGAAGAAGGGGAAGAUGGGACCAAAAGUGGGAGUUCUUCAGCUAGGAGGAAGGGAGGGAAGGGGAGUGUAGAAGGAGAAGAUGGGGAGGGAGAAGAGGAAGACGUCGGGGAAGAGGAAAUGAAAGAGGGGAAGGGGGUUACAGUCUCGGGAAAAAGUGGAAGAAAGAGCAGAACAGGAAAAGAGGAAGAGGGAGAAGAGGAAGACGAAGAUGUAGAUGGAAGACCGAGUGUGAAAGGGAAAAAGAAAAGAAAGGAUGAGGAUGAAGAGGAUGAAGAAGUAGACGAAGAGGAAGAAGAGAGAGAAGGAAGGAAAAGCGGGAAAGCAUCAACGAAGAGCGCAAAGAAGAAAGGAAGAAGAAGGAAAGAAAGCACCGAGGAAGAAGAAGAAGAGGAAGAGGAAGAGGAGGAAGAAGUCGAUGAAGAUGAAGAAAGUGAAAGAGAAACAAGGAAGCCAGCAAGAAAAGGAGGAAAGAGGAAAGGAAUUAGAGGAAAAGAAGGAGAAGAAACGAUUGAGGAAGAGGAAGAAGACGAGGAAGAAGAAGAAGAAAAUGAGAGGAUGAGGAGUAAAAAAUCAACUACAGGAAGGAAGAGAGGAGGGAAGAAGGGGUCAAGGGAAGACGAGGAGGAGGAGGAAGAGGAAGAGGAAGAAGACGAUGAAAAUGAAGAAAAUGAGAGGAUUAGGAGUAAGAAAUCAACCGCAGGAAGGAAGAGAGGAGGGAAGAAGGGAUCAAGGGAAGAAGAGGAGGAGGAGGAAGAGGAAGAGGACGAGGAAGAGGGAAGAGCAGGAGGAAGAAGCAGGAAAUCCACAGCAGGAAGAAGGAAAGGGAACAUUGGCUUGGAGAGGGAAGAUGAAAUGGAAGAGGAAGAGGAAGAGGAGGAGGUAAGAGGAAAGGGCAGCAGGAAAUCAACUGGCGGAAGAAGAAGAGGAAAAUCGGAAGACAUGGAAGAUGAAGAGGAAGAGGAACGAAGAGGAGGAAGCAGAAGUCGGAAGUCAACAGGAGGAUUAAGAAGAGGAAAAGGAUCAAAGGAAAGAAGAGAUAAAACCAGGGAAGAAGAGGAAGAGGAAGAGGAAGACGAGGAAGAAAGGGAAGGAAAGAGAAGCAGAAAAUCGACAGGCGGCAGAACAGGGAGAAGGUCAAGAGGAAGAGAAGUAGGGAGUGGAGAAGAGGAAGAGGAAGAAGAGGAAGAAUGGGAAGGAAAGAGGAGCAGAAAAUCGACGGGAGGCAGAGCAGGGAGACGGUCAAGAGGAAGAGAAGUAGGGAGUGGAGAAGAGGAAGAGGAAGAGGAGAGGGGAGGUCGAAAAAGCACCAAAGCCUCAGGGAAACUUAGCAAGAGGAAAGGAGGAAGAGGAAGAGACCUGAGUAAAGAGGAAAGUAGAGAGGGAAGCAAGAGUAGGAGGUCGACGCCUGGGAGAGGAAAGAGGUCGGUAGAGAGGGACGAAAUGAGUGGGGAGGGAGACCAAGAGGAAGAGGAAAGAGGAGCUAGGAGGAGUGGGAAAUCAGCCGCAGGGGGAAGUAGAGGGACUGGAAGAAGAAGAAGGAAGGAAGAGGAAGAGGAAGAUGGUGAGAGGAUUAGCAGGAAGGGAACAAGUAAAGGAGGAAGAGGAAGCAGGAGAUCCAGGGAAGAGGAAGACUACGAAGAGAGGACAGAGUCUGCUGAGGAGGAGGAGGAAGACGGAAGAAGAGUAACUAAGGAGAAACUGCAACAAAGAAGUAGAGGAAGGAAAGGAGAGGAAGAGGAAGAGGAGGAGGUCACGGAGACGCAGGGAGAGACAACGGCGACGCAGGAGUCUGAAGAAGUAACGACAGGAACUCAGGAGGAGGGGGAGGAAGGCAUGUCGGGAACCCCAGAAGAGGAAGCAUCACAGACCGACGAGGCUGCCCGGAAGAUGGAAGAAGAGGAGGAAGAAGAGGGAGAGGAGUAUGCUGACGUGCAGAGGCCAAUGAGCAAGGCGGAGAAGAAGGCGGAGAGGAGGCGGAGGAAGAGCCUCAAGAUGGCCACGUCUCCUUACGCGGCCAAGACCCCCAAGGCCCGCGUGACGCCCACCCGAGCCAAGAGCAGGUCCAUCUCGCGCGAGGGGCGAGGGGCCAGGCUGAACGGCGAGGGAAGGAGGGUCCGCCUGAGCGAGGGGAAGCGAAGCGGCAAGAGGACCGCCGAGGGUGAAGGGAAGCGACAGACGCGGCGGGCGGGGGAGGGCCUCAGCAGGCGGGGCAGCAAGCGGGGCCUCCAGAGCCAGCAGAGCGGUGACUGGUACUCCGAGCAGGACGGCAAGCAGGGGCAGGGCAAAGUGAGGGGCGGGGUGGGAGACGGACGGGAAGGAGUGGGAGGGAAGAAGCCCGUACGGAAGGUUGGGGUAGUGGCGCCCCGUGGGAAGGGCGAGGCCAGCACCAGCCCGGGGGAGGAGGAGUGGGGCGAGGCGGAGUACACUUCGCCGGAGGGCGUGACCUGGAAUGGCGAGGUCCUGACUAACGGCUUCGGGGGAGAGGAGGAGGAGGAGGAGGGCGAGGGGGGUGAAUCUCUCAGCGGCGAGGAGGGUCACGGGCUCAUGAACGGGGAGGGCGCGGAGGGCUGGCAGGGGGAGCGUCAGCCUGUGGGGCCCAAGAGGUCACGAAUGCGCCCUAAGUCAGCGGUGCGGCCCAGCGUCUUGAGCCGCCGCAGGGACAGUCGAGGGGCCUUGGGCGGCGCAGGAGGGCGCGGGAAGGCCAGACGGACAGGCCAGGGGAAGGUACGGGCGUGGGAGGACGGCCGAGGCUCCAACCACCGAGUAAACAUCUCCAGCGACCUUCCCCCCGGGGAUGAGCGGACACACGAGAUGCUGCUCGAGUCUAGCGGACGAGACUUCCUGGCGGUGGAGGACGCGGCACCUCGUCUGCCCUCGCCCAGCUCCACGCACGGCAGGGACACCGGCGACUCCGGCUUCAAGGAGUCGGCCUUCAGCGACGGGCUGGCCGUUGGGCGGGAGUCUGACGUGGAGGGACUCACCGACCCGGAGCGGCACACGGAGGACGAGGAGGACACGGAGGCGGGCCGGCGAAGGACUCGAACCCGCCGGAGGAAAGAGAAGCAUCGCGCGAGGAGCGGAGAGGAUCAGCUUGACCUUGACAGCCAGGUGAGGGGCAAGCUGCCGGCUUUGGACCCCCGCAAGACGGGAGGCGCGGGUCGGAGGCAAGGGAGGCUGAACGGCGUGAAGGGAGGUAACAUUGCCGACACGGUGAAGGGCGACGAGGAGGAGGAACUCGACGAAGGAGACGUAGACGCCCUGAGGAAGAUGGGAAUCCUGACCCACCGGCGGCCAGGGAUGAGGAAGGGACGGGUGAGGAGCGGCACCAUGAGUGGGGGCCCGAAGAAGGUGGAGAGCAUGGACUCCAGCAUGAGGCGGAAGGCGCGGAAGAUGGCGUCGCCCUCCACGGAGGUGUCCAUCACGCAGGCGAUGCAGAACACCAUGAGGAAAUACGCUCUGGAGCGGCGCCUCUUCCAGCAGCUGCUGGAACUGAAGCGUGUACAGAUCCGCAACUCACGCGCCAACGAGCACGUGCUUAUCAAGCGCAUGGUGGACGGCUUCCAGAAGGAGGGCACGCUUCUGGGCCUGCGGGGCUACGCCGGACCCUUCAACUUCAACAGCUACGAAAAGUACCUCUACGAUCAGCUCCGGUUCCUGCAGAGCACCCAGGGCGUCAAAAUCCCCGCCUUCCGCCCCUCGGACGACGUGGAGAAGCUGAGCCGCGCCAUUCGCCGCGCGGAGAUCAAGGAGCUGCCUGACCCCCUGCAGAACAACCUGGACGCCCACACCUGCAACCACACCACGCACCGCUGCCACCACGCCGCCCACGCCUACACCGGCAUACCCUGCGCCGCCUACAUCGGCUACAGGAAGAAGAGGCCCUUCACCACCACUAUCAACAACAACAACAACAACAAACAAGUGUCUCUCCCUAAGAUCCCGGGGACUCAGUCAGGGGUGGGCGUCGGCUCCCCCGGGCGAGGCCUUGACGGGGGGGGCAUCGGGGGGCGCGUGAGGCAGGGGGAGCCGGUGGGCCUGAGGAACUACGACCCCAAGAACCCCCUCACCGUGGAGCUGCAGCACGGCCAGGCCCGCCAGCAGAUUGUCCUGCCCACUGACCUUUUGGAUAAGAACAAGAAAUACCACCUCACCUUCACCAUCAAGCCUUCGAGUCCCAAGAUAAAGGAACAGGAACAGUCCGUGGAGAAGGAGUCACCACUACGGUCCAUCUCCGCGCCUGAAAUCAUGCCCUCAGACACCUCCGCUGAGCCUGACUCCCUCGCCGUGGACGCCCUGGCCUCCGAGACCCGGCAAGACCUCCACUCAGCCCCAGUCGAGACCCGGACGGAAGCCUGAACACCGACUGGAAGCUCUGCCACCAAAUGAGUCUGAAGCUGCCUGUUUCUGCCGCGUGUAGAGACCGAUGCAGCCGCGGACACUUGGGCCCCCGCUCUUGGCCCUUCCUUCGCCUUCGCCCGUCGUCCUUAACUUCCUUCUGCGGCCCUUCCUUCACCCUCACCUCCGUGUCAUAUCAUCCUUGGGUUACAGAGGACGUGUCAAGAUUUUCUCCUGCCCGUUCCCAAGACCACAGAAAUGGAUAAUCUAGUGUCUCUUUUGAUGUUGUUGUCCAUGACUUAAAAGCCUUCGGGAUGUGUUAGGAAGUUUAUCGUUUUUUACUCUCGCCCUGUCCCAAUUUAGUAUUUGAUGACCAUGUUUUGACGUGCUCCAGGAGAGUUUGGUGACGCGCUUUUAGGGGGUUGGUAAAGAAUAGGAACAAGAAAAUAUAGAUUAGGGUAAGAAAGGGAAAAUUUAAAGGUUACAUUAGGAAGAUAAAGUAAUGUAAAAUAAUGUAAGAAGAGGAAAGAAUAUAUAAAUAGUAAGAAAGAUGGAAAGAUUUAGGUAAACAGUACAGGAAGUGAAGCUUGUACGUGUUUGAAAGGAAUAGAAUCGCUUUUGAAUCACAGAGACAAGUCAUUGCAGGAAGAGAACGUGCGAGCAGCCAGGUCUGAAGUGUACGUCUUCGAUGGUUCAGCGGGCCAAUAGGAUGUGCGUAGAACAAUACAUUAUUAUUAUUGUUGUUGUUAUUACUAUUGAUAUCAUUAUUAUUGCAUGGAGGAGCGCAGGUGAGGAGCAUUUACCUGCCUGCCCCCCCCUCCCCCCUCCCCCUGCCACCCUCCACGCCGCGCCGGCUACUCAGGCUCCCCGUGACUGACGUGUACAUACUGACAUCUUUUCACAGCGAGUCCCCUGUAUAAACCCUGCCCCAUAGGUGUACAUAAAUGUCUAUUACUCUGUGAGAAGCUGUAUAAUCUGAAUUUCUCAAGCCUUAUCGUCUUGGCUACGAAACACUGAAACGUCUGAGACUUUAGGUGAUACUCUUGAUAUUCUUACACUGAAGACGCCGUCGGAACCUUAUUUUAUAUACACAUUAUAAAAGCCUUUCAAAUGUGUACUUUAGGAAAAUAUUUAUUUGAAACAUUGUUGACUUUGCCAGUUGUUUGAAGUCUAAUAAAUUAAGGACGUGUCCAAUUAUUUGAAGCUUGAGGUGCACUUUAUGUGGUCAUCUGUGGGGUGAGAAAAUAUGAAUGAAUCAGUCGUGUUGUUUGUGUCAGGAAGGAAGCGUGAAGGUGUGCAGCUUAGGUCUGGGACAAGCUACCUAGCCACCUGCAAGGGAAAGGUGCCUCAUUAACGUGAACAGGGCAGCUGGUUUGGUAUAAGAAAGCGGCCGCAGGUUGGAUAUAUGAGCAAGGGUCCAGGUGAGGUAUAUGUACACAGUUUCAGGUUAGGUGCACUGUGCAGGUCAGGUAAUAAUGUAACGCUGCAGGUAAUGAAGAAUAAACACAACCUAGAGUGCGCUGACGCUAAGCUCCAUGCAAGAGAGCGGUGUUACAGGUAUCUUCAAAAGCUGCAGUUGUUUAAGAAACUUUGCGUAAUAAAGCAAAACGUGUAGCCGAGAAGUGAGGCGCACUACCUAGGCACCUGCAAGGGAAAGGUGCCACAUAACGUGAACACGGCAGCUGGUUUGGUAUAAGCGGCCGCAGGUUGGAUAUAUGAGCAAGGGUUCAGGUUAGGUAUAAUACUGGUUUUGUGUCGCUGGACGGUGCUACGAGGCUACCGGCGUGUUCUGGAUGUUGGUUGUAAUGCACGUCUGUGUUGAUGCCCUUGCCAAAAAACUGUUUGUGACGAAGACAGUUUGCAGAAUAAGCAGCUUACAAUGCCACCCAAAUUUCUGGUGUUAAAAUUAGGACAUGUUCGAUAUUAUAGGCUUCCCACAGAUGAUCAUUUACGGUGUAUCCCAAGCUAUUACAUGUGAGCCAAGUAUUUUAAAUCUACCGAAUACCCUUAAUAUAUAUGAUGUUCACUGUUAUCAUAUUUAUAACGAAUCUGAAAACUGUCGACGUGCUGAUCGACGCCUCCUGAUUCUGAAGACCUUACAGGGCGGUGCUGAAUUCACGUCGAUCCCUUCAUGUUGAGAAAACUAUUAUUUCGGUGUUGUUUAUCAAAUACUGGACUCUUAAGGUCAAUGUAUAUGUUUGAAUCUAUAUCAUUCUAAUAAAUACGAUGCAAAAUAAA